AUGCAAAACGCAGCAAACAAGCAAAGCCUUGCUCUCGCGAACGCCGUCAAAGAAAAACUUGCUUCUCGGGAAAUCAUUGUUCAGAGACAAGCGAUUCUUGGAUUGUACAAUGAGAUUAAAAAUCCAAAUACACCUCCAUCGAUGGCAAAUGAUAUUGUUCAAUUGUUGGUUUCUUAUGUUAAGAGUAAAAAAUCAAAUCGGGCUGUGGCUACUUGUUCGCUUGAUGUUUUGGUACAAAUAUUUACGGAAUUGGAUGUAAAGAGUCAUCAUCAAAUUAAGGAUAUUCCAGUUCAAAAUGUUGUUGAGCAGCUCUUGAAGUUUGCUAUUCAAAUUCAUCCUGCUUUAAUUCCACAUUUAACACGAUCGGUUGUUGCAAUUUAUCUAGGUAAAUUCAUGUCAGAUCAUCAUAAUGACAGCCAUCACCAACCAAAGGGAUCAAAGGAAGUCACACGGCUCUGUAUGAAUUUAACAUCGGGAACAGCUGGUUCACCGUUGAUAAUGCUAAUUCAGAAUCGCAACGAAUGUCUUGUUGAAAUUUUGAAUCAACUAUUCUCAUACUUGACCAACUCGGAAUACCAAUUUGCUAAAUUGUUUAGGUUUUUCUCUCCUCUGUUUUGUCAUAUUCUCACCAAUAGACACUUAUUUCACACUGUUGAGACCAAUGAAAUUAGGUAUCAACAACAGGAAGAAGAUGAUGGCUUGCUCUCUGAUAAGCCCAUUUCGAGUAAUAUCAAUGGCAGUGGAACAAUAUUGCGAACAGAUACGAUGAGCUCAACCCACUUAAAGCUGAAGCUUUUGAAUGAGUUGAGAGCGGUCAUUCUUUUCAAAACUCAGAAAGCACUAUCCCUUGACGCAGUAACAGAUGAAGAGCAAAAACUCAAAGCCAGCUUGUUGAAGCAAGCGUAUUCAAUGGUAUUAUAUAUAGUUCACUUUUUGCCUUCGUUUGGAGUUGAUGUUAAUUCUGAUGUUGUAACAGCAUGUCUGUCACCGCUAAAAACUGUGCUUGAUCUAGUGUUACAGUUUGAUUCGAUUUUUGCUACACUAGAGGAAGAAGAUUCAGACUUUUGUGAAUCAUAUUUGAGCGCGCUUGGUAAUGAAUUCGAACAGAUUUCUUUUGUUAGAUCCAUGGUGUAUCGACACUUUAUGUCUUUGUAUGUCGAGAUGAAUCAUCACCAGGUGGACAUAGAAAUGUAUUUUAAUUAUUUAUUUGAUAUUUGCAAGGAUAGUUUGGAACACUUUGUCGAAUUUAUACCCAUGAUAUGCAACUCGAUUGUUAAUUCUGAAACCGAAAUAGAAAUUGAUUCAUGGAUGAGGAUACUGAAAGAGCUUGUAAAUUUACUCACAGAAAAUUUAGAAGACUUUGAAGAAUUUUUCAACAGCUUAGACAGUAAUCACCGAAAUAGCUCAUUUGGAGGUUGCUCUUUUAUGGUGGUCGUUAUUACCAAUUUAUUAUACCCUAUGGUCGUAUUAUUGCAUACAGCAACAAGCGGAACUGAAGAAAAUAGGUCCGUUGCUUUUAGAUCGAUACAGAAAAUUGAGUCUUUCAUCAAAGGAAAAUUCACUCUAGAUGUAACUCGCGAUGAAAACCAAAAUGCCGAGGACGAGCAAGAAGCUCAAGCCGAUAGCAUUCUAUCCAAACUUUGUGACAUUUUACCAGUUUUUCAACGAUAUGAAGCAUCCAUGUUAUCUUGCCACUACAGGUUAAUGGCCAAAAUGAUACACCAAAGCAAUGAGCAGGUUUAUGUCAACGAAAAUUUUAUUUCUCAGUGGCUAGAUUCUGUGAUUAGCCUCAUUCCACGAGAUUCUGAAGCGAUUGACAACGCUACAUAUGUGUGCAGUACUAUUGGACUUCUUUUCUUGUUAUCAAGGCACGAAUUUUGCAAUAUGGAGAGGAUUAGAAUUCAAGUUGUAAAAACCAUUGAAUCUCUAACAACUGAAAUCAUAACGUUGAAGGGAGGUAUACUGUUACAACCAUUAAUAUUUUAUGAAUUACCAAAAGAAACCAACGUAUCAUCCAAAAUUGCUCUUAUGAAGGCAUUACCAAAACUGGGAGCCAAAAAUGACGUUAAUGUCACCCCAAUCGUGAAAAUUCUUAGUAAUAUGAUGUAUAACAAGGAUUUAUUGCCCACAGUCAUCAGACUAUUCACCGAAUUGUGGAAACAAAAUGAGAAGUUUUUCACAAAACUGAAAGGUUUUUUAUUCUCCUUUUCCAAGUACAUUCAAAGUGAUUCUAAUAACCAGAUCGUACAGAUUGAAAAUUAUGACCAUUUAUCAAACUUUGACAUUGAAACCCGAUUGGCCUUAGCCUGCUCUACUUACGAAAUUUGCACUCUGAAGAUUGAUAAGGGAGCUGAAUUGUUGCCAUUAAUUACUCGAAUGUUAUGCCAAGAAAAUAACGCUACCGUUCUUGGGUACGCACUUAAAGCAAUUACAAUUCUUUGCAAGAGCCAUGUGGUAGACUUUUACACGGUUUGGUAUAAAGUCAUUCAACAAAACAUAUUGGCAAAUGCAGAGCACAGUUUCGAAGUGAGGAAGGAAAUGUGCCAAUUCUUCCAAUGCUCAGUUGAACCUAUUUCUUUUGAUAACAUGACGGAAAAUCAAAAAAAGGCUAGAGAAGAUGAUGAGUACAAUUUAUUUGUUGACUAUGACUCUCCACAUAAACAUGAAGUCAAAGAAGUGAUUGAUACAUUAUGGAAUCAUACACGAGAUGAAAACGAACAAGUUAGAUUGGCUGCAUUUACAACUUUGAGCAUGUAUCCUUUGCAUGUAAUGCUUUAUGCCAUGAAAACUGAGGAGAGUGACGAUGAAGACGUACCUCAACAAAUAGGAUCUGAAGUUCUAGAGCAACGAGAAGAAAAUAUCUUUGCAAAACAAGAAAUUAGACGUGGAUGGUUGCUGAAUCUAUGUGCUGUUUUAAUAGAGAGACUGCAAGUAGAGACUUCGAACGAUGUCUUGCUCGCUGCUACACCAAUGAUUCAACAUGUCCUAAAGGCAGAAUUACGAAAACCAAGAAACACUUCUAUCGUUUCAAAGGAUAAAAAGGCCAGCACUCAGUCUAUUGGUCUCACAUCAUUUGAGAAAUUUGAUGCAUUAGCUGACUUUGUGCUGAAGCAAUAUGAAAGUAAGAAGAAUAUGCAAGUCACAGCUCCUGCUGUGUUAUGGCAAGGAAAUUUAGCAAAGGCAAAACCUCCAAUUCCAGAGACUGAAGCAUUUAAAAGACUGCUGAACGAGCUUGCUAUGGACAUUGUUGUUGGUAGCAGCCCAGAGGACUUCUUUUCCCAGUUGAUUCUUACUCAAGGUUUCUUCUCCAUGUCUCGUGACUAUUUCUUUACUGCUGUUGAAUCUUUCAAAGACAAAGAUUCACACACUCAUUUUGAUGACGCUUUUACAGCUGUCUUUUCAAACCUCAAAACCAGUAUUGAUCAGAGUACAGUACCUUCUACGACUGGAAAUUAUAUUUUGGCACUUGCAGGAUUAUGUUUGGCGCUUCCAAUCAAUGCUCACCAUCACGUGUUGAAGAUUAUUGAGAUUGUCAGAAAGAAGUUAUCGUCUUCGAGCGAAACCCAAGAAGACAUCAAGUAUGCUUGCAACAUGGUACUCGCAAGUGCUUCAUUUGAAAUUCACAUAUUUUCUCAGUUGUAUGAUUUGACCAAAAUUUUGGUAUCUCAACUUCAUGGAAUGGUGAAUGAAAACUCCAGUCAAGACAUUUCAUCAGCAUCGCCUGCUAUAGCAUUGGGUAUUAUUGCUAAAAAUCUUUGCUUAUCCAAGUCAGAUAAUUAUGAAAAAGGAUUGCAUCUCUUACACUACAUUGCAAAUAACUUGUAUAGUUUAUGCUUUGGUGACGAUAGACAAUUAUUUGAACUUCAAUCAGAGGACGAUAAGCUGAAACACAUCAAUGCGUUUAAAAAUGUCAAACAUUUCAACUUUAACUGGAAGCAAAAAUCAAAUUUAUUGUUCGGAAUUGCACAAGUAACAGAUACUCUCAUCCGUGUUGGACAAGUUGACGCAGCAAACACCAUUCUGAAUGAGUUGAAAAAAGAACAACAAGUUGUUGAAAACUUUAUAGCAGAUCCAAAGAGUGUCGAUUCCAAUUUAUUGGAAAUUUGCAUUCCAAGCUGUAUGGUACUCUCACAAAUUGUACUUUCUCUGUAUCAUUGCAACGAGAUUAACUCGGGACAAGUAAGGGAAUAUCUUGACAUGUACGACAGCUUACUUCAAAAACUCGAGGGCAAGAAUUUAUCAUCCUAUCUCCGACUCUACAUGUAUGCAAGUGCUGGUUAUGGGUCAUUGCUUUUCGGUGCCUUGUGUGAAUCUCUCAGAAAAGGUGAAGAAGAUCAAGACUCUGGAAAGCAUUUCAGAAGAUUGUAUCUAGAAAAAUUUACAAAUGCCAUUGCACAAUAUGAAGAAGUAUAUUCACAAGGAGAUUCAUCACAUUAUCAAAUUGGUAGCUUACUAUUCCUAGCAUGCAUGCUUGGUGUUGAUUUAUUCUCACCAAUUUCCAAGUCAAAAACAGAUGACAGCGAUGUAUUUGGAUUACAAUCUGCAGAGAAGAGACCACUCUCUAUUUCCACAUACAGGAGUAUCUUCUUUAGUAAGAUUUUAUUACCAAAGAACUCUAUCAAGAAAUUAGCUGGUAGGGCCAUCGAUAUUUUCAGAAGCUCAAGUACCGAACCAAAACUUUCCAUUAAGGUUAGAAAAUAUUCGUCACUCUUUUCUGGAAUAUUCUCUAGCAUUUACAAGACUGAGGAUAAUGUUUUAGAAAAUGCAGAUAGAAUUCCUGUCAAAUAUUUAAGCGAGAGCGGUUUGGUUGUGUACUUUGUUCAAAAAUUGACCUUGUUAGAGAAAGAAGAGUCGUUGUUAGACAAACUUCAAGAAAAUGCAGCUCUUCAUAAUUUAUUAUUGACGGAAAAACUUCCCAAGCUUACAUGGUCGAAAGUAAUCAUGGAUGUUUUCAGAAGAUCCACUUCAUCCAACUCUGAUCAAAUUUCGCAAAACAUACAAAAGAAUUGCAUUCGAUUCUUCUGUAAGGACGCACAAGGCACCACGUCCUCUUCCAAUAGUAUUUCAGCAAUGUCAAGUUUGUGUGAAGCUCAAUCUUUCCUUUCAUUAUCUAAUUCUGUGCAGGUUGAAAUUGCAGAGCUUUUCCCACAACUUAUUGCCAUGUUUCCACCCUCUAGAACUUGCUCAUUAAUUGAUGACUGGAUUAAGCUUACUUUUGUGACCAAACAAAUCGAUGAAAUUAUUAUUUUCACUGCAUUGAAGAAAUUACAUCAGUGUGAAGUGAAAAGUAACCUAUCUAGUGUGAGAAAAUAUGUUGAGGAUGAAGUACUUGCUGUGAUUGAGGAAAAAAUUGCCAAUUUGGUAUCUGAUCGAUCUUUGGAAUUAUUGAAUGUCAAAAACAAUCCAUCCAAUAAUCUGAAAAAUCCAUUUUCAAUUUCCAUAACAAUCCAAAUUGGAGACAGAGCAAUGAAAAUGAUUGAAGAGUUUGCUCUAGUCUUGAUUUGCAACAAGUUAACAAAUCAUACUCUCCUAACUCAUUCGAACAUCUAUGAGAAUUGUGACCAAUUACUUGUUAACUUGCUAUUGAGAUGUCAAUAUGCCAAAUUAACCGAUGACAUUUCUCCACUGAAACUUUUAAGACAAACAGCAGUGAAAGGUUAUCCAACAGAGUCACAACAACCUGUGAAUAACAUGCUUACCGCCAUUCUCACUUGGCUCACUUCUGAAGUGUUGGCCUCACACAUUUCAAAUGCCAACAGAAGAAAAUUUGUACAAGACACCAUUGACAUGCUUUCCUUUGUGUUUAACGAUUUAGAGUCUGUAUAUUUUAGCUCGUAUGCUUCUUCUAGCCAAAUUCCAUUUGCUUUGGAGAACUUGCAGCGAGCAUUGUUAUUCUUAUCAAGUAUUUCACUCAUUCUUGGUGUUGGAGAUGUGUUUGCAUUCCAACAUGCACAUGAUACAUUGUUGAGAAAAAACAGUAGAACUUGUGUUGAAACAUCAAAUUUGGAUUUACGUUUACUCAUUCAUGGACUUGCUACUUCCUUUAAAAACAAACAACUCGAGUCAAGCACUGAACAUAGUCUAAUGUCACGCAUGUAUUCUCUUCUUGCAAACUUUUCAGUGGCUUCACAUGCUACACAUAUGGGUGCCGACCAAAAAUCCAACAAGCAAACAGUUGUUUCAAGCAAGAACCAAAAGUAUGAAUCGACUAAGGAAGCACUUGAGAGAAUUUUGUUUGAUUUUAUUAUUCCUUUGCUUGCUCAAAUAAGGAUGCUGAGAGAUGAUCAACAUGUUUCGCUCAAUCAAAUUGGGGGUAUAUUGGAAAAUCAUGCUCUCAAAAUGUGCAGUAAACUUCAAAAAUAA